AUGGAUAAAAACUCAAGUACCGACAGCAACAUAUCCCUGGACAGCUUGGAAACUCAAUUCAAACGAAAAAAAUCUGUAAAAGGUAGAAUAACUGAUGAAGAUGUCGAUACAAUACUGGUGCCAUUUUAUGAAAAAGAUGUACUUAUAAAGGUACCAAAAGAUCAGAAACGAAAACAAAAUAAUACAGGUAACAGAUAUCUUAGAGCUAAUGAGAAAUUAAAGAAAGAACCGUCGCAAACAAGCUAUUUGGUAAAUAGAGAAAAAGAAACGAAACAUAAGCGAACCACCUACCUAGAAAUGUUUCGUAAGCAGUUCUCACCAAAUCAUAUUGACAAAAAGAAAGAUAAAAGUGAAAUACGUUCAUUAUCACCAGAAUUUGGUGAUACGGAGAGGGAGAGUAUUGGCGACGACGCUAAUAAUCCUAUACCAGAGUUCUACAACACUGAGUCUUAUAAUGAAAUGUAUUACGAAAAGCUUUUGUGUCGUGAUUUGGAGAACUAUAGAGAUAAUUCUUUUGAAGACCAAGAAGAAGAACUGCGUUUUACGGACGACAUGGUGUGCAAACCAGAGGAUAUAUGUGAUGAUGGUCCUGAUAAUCUUAAGAGUGUUUCAGAGGUCACAAAUCCACGUCGUAAUACAAGACGAGCAACCAUAGAACCCAUGACUAAUGUUAAACUUGGAGGAUUAGGCCCUGAUUUAGAACAAAUAAGGCCAAGGCUUGAAAGAGCUAGAAGCUUACAAAGGUAUUCAGAGAAAGUAAGAAUGGAAAAUCGAUUGAAGAUUUAUAAAAAAACGUGUCAAACCCAACCUGAAAAGAAAGUUGAAAGAGAAACAUCUGCCAAACAAAAGGAGUCACGAAAAGAACCAGCAAAAAAAGAACAGCAAGAAGAUGUUAGCCUCUCUUAUCUGGUGAAUAAAUCUAUAAACGAAAAGGGCAACAAACCAAAAAGGAAUCCAUAUUUUAAAUCAAAAUCAGCUGAUGUGCAGAGGAUUAGGGAGAGAAAUGCCGAAAAGGAAAAGCUACAGAAAGAGUUGACCGCGAAGAAAAAAGAGAUGGUGGAUCAGAAACUUGAUAGUAAACAAAAAGUGGAAAUUAAACCCGACAAAGGUAAACUAAAGCAAAAAUCUAGUUCCAGAAAUAUGGGCAUCAAUACUGAGUCUUCGUCAGAAGUUUCACCAGUACAAAUAAGUUUCAUGGUCAACGUUGGGGGUGUUCGUCAGUCAAGUGCUUUGCAGUCUCUCGAGGAAAAGCAUCGAAUGUACCAAGAACAAGUUAAAGCCUUCAUGGAACAUAAUGACGUUUAA